AUGGCCACGACAGCCUCGCUCCCAGCCCUGCUCCAGCGACGACGCCGGGAGCUGCUCCUGGCGGCCGGCGUGGCAGUCAUCGGCUAUGCCGGCUACCGAGCAUACCACUCUGACACGGUAGCGGCCUGGCGGCGUGCCCUGGGGAGGCUGGGUUCCCUGCUGGACUCCGCCUCCGACACCCUGGCCUCCGGCUCCGACCUCACCGGCUGCCUGGUGAGGGAUGUGCGGGACUACCUGGGUUCGGAGGACGACGCCGCCCUGCCGCCCCGCCUGAGGCAGCUGGCAGCCCUGCUCCAGUCACCGGAGGUGGGGGCGGCCACGUCGCACACCGUCGCCGCCAUCUGGGCAGGCGUGCAGGACGGUUCCUCCUCUGGCAAAGAGUCCAUGGGCCCAGACCUGUUGGACCGCAUCCUGGCCGCCGUGAUGAGCGAGAAGGGGCAGUCCCUCGUGUCCCUGGCCGUGGCCCUGGGCGCCCGCAACCUGGCGGCUGGAGCCUGCGAGGCCCGGCGCGCCGCGCCGGGCGCUUCCCCCGCCGACCCCUGCGCCGCUCCCGCCGACCCUGACGCACUGGACCGCGUGCUGAGCUGGCUGGGCUCGGCCGGGGGCCAGCGCGCGGCGCGGCGCAUGCUGGGCACGCUGGCCGCCGCCGGCGUUGGCGUGUACUGCGACCGCACGCUGGACAUCAACGUCUUCGACCAGCUGCUCGCCGCACUGGCCUCGCGCGCGGAGCACAUGGGCGUGGCGCGCGCCUGCAUCAGCACGAUGGCCCGCGAGACGGUGCGCGCCGCGGUGUUCCCGCCGCUGCACUCCCGCGCGGGCCGGAGCAGCGGCUCCGCCUCGCCGGGCAGCGCGGCGGGGCGGUCCUCCGACGCCGGCGCCAGCCCCGCCGCCAGCGCCAGCGGGGACGCGGCGGGCGAGACGCUGCGCCGCCUGGCCAGCCUGUCCGCCUUUGACGACGGCGGCGCGGCGGCCACCAAGGCCGGCGACGCGGGCAGCCCGCGCUCCGUGCGCACGCCGCCGGCGUUCGCCGAGGCGCGGCCCCGCCUCGGACCGGCGCACGGCGACCGGGCUGGACAUGGUUCAGGCAUGUGCGACGAGGAGUCGGCCGACGUCCGGCAGAUUGCCGCGCCGGACUCAGCAGCAGCGGCCAUGGGGCAGCCCGACGGCGAGCCGGCGUGGGCGAAGACUGCCACGCGCUCCCUCCUCUCGGUGGCCAGGGAUCCCGACGGUCGUGCGCUGGUGGCCGCGGCGGCCGGUGCGGCCGCGCGCGAGGGCGUCGCGGCCGCUGCGGAGGCGCUGCAGCAACCCGCGGUCGCCGCCGUCCUGGCCGCCGCAUUUGUGGCCCUGCUGGCCAUGCAGCUCCUCGCGCGCCUGGUUGCCACUCUCCUCUUUUGA